UUCCUCAGUGUCUCUUUAAUUCAAAUCUCUGUUGCUUACCUUUUUAUCAUCCCUUGUCUUCCUUGGUAUUCACAACAGCUUAAACCCCAAAAAACCCGAUUCCACUCUCUUCUUCACUUUAGUCUCCAAAUGAAGAUAUCUUUUUCCCUGUCAUCUUCCCCUUCUACUUCUUCAACUUCAAAUUCUUCAGAUACAAACUUGAGCAACUCUCAGAAUGUCACAACCAAGUGUUUCUCUAGUAUUAUACGACGUUUUCUCGGCGUCGGCGGUUUCCGAACGCACCCGUUCGACUGCAUUAAAGAACCGAAUCAAGUCCAACAUGAUGAUGAUGAAUUCACAUUGCUUGAUCAGAAGAAGACUCCAUCAACACCAGGGUUGGUUGCUAGGCUAAUGGGUUUAGAAACAAUGACAGAGUUGGAAUUGGCGAUGACUGAGAAGAAAAAGAACCCAGAGUCAAUUGCACGAAGCCGGUCGGCAAACUCAGUCAAUUUCUCGGCUAAAAUAGACCAGAAUCAUCAUCGGAAACACCGGCGGGUUAAGUCGUCGUUGUCGUUUCUUGAAAUGCCGGAAUGUUUUGAGCUUGAAAAUGAUGAAUUCUUGCUUCUUACAUUCGAAAAUGAUGAGGAAGAACAUAAGGAGAGGGUGAAAUGUGAUGUCAACAAGAAUGAAAGAUUCCAGAGAAGGAAUAAGAUUAGAAACGAUUUGGGUUUAGUUCAUCCACUCAAGGAAAUCAUAUCUGAUAACAACGGAUCGAAUUCAACGAAAGCGAGAAACCGAAAGAGUGGUUUACAGAAGAAUGUUGAUGAAGUAGUACCGGAGUUGGAAAAUUGGAGUCCCAAUUCUGUUCUUAAUCUUGAUGAAUUCCAACUUGACAAUGAUUCUUCUUCCGUCUCAGAAGAAGAAUUGAAGGAGAGGAAUUCAAAUUCGAGACGGAAACUGUCGACGGAUACUGCAAGUUCAGACUACACGUCUCGGCAUUUUCCGGUGACCGACGUUUUGGAGUCGAGAACAAAUAGUAGUGUUGAAUUAACAAAGGCAGAAUUCUAUGCCAGCGGUAACUGCAAAGAAAUGUGGCAACAAGUAUGCAAGUUGACAGAAGAUGACAUGAAAACAACAAGUUGGUUGCUAAAAAAACAAGUGCAGAGAAUGGAAGAAUGGGUAGAGAUUGCAGCCGAGUUUGGGCAAGAAAUCUUCGACCGUCUUCUGCAAGAGAUUGUAGCAGAAAUUGGCGAAUUUACAGAUUUUGCAGUGUCUUAG